AUGUCCAGCUUACUUGCUACAUACAUACACACCCACGGAUUGAACGAUUUGAACAUGUCUGACACGACCACACUCGCAGAGUACCUCUUCGAGAGGCUGAAGCAGCUAGGUGUUGCAACAGUACAUGGCGUCCCAGGCGACUACAAUUUGACCUUGCUGGACUAUGUCGAACCAUCGGGACUACACUGGACAGGUGGCUGUAACGAACUCAACGCUGGCUAUGCCACUGAUGGAUAUUCACGGAUCAAAGGUGCAGGAGCUCUCAUCACCACGUUUGGUGUAGGAGAGCUGAGUGCUAUCAAUGCCAUUGCAGGUGCUUAUGCCGAGCUGGUCAAGCUGGUGCACAUUGUCGGAACGCCUCAAAGACCACAGCAAGAGUCGAGAGCACUGAUUCACCACACUCUUCUGGAUGGAGACUACACUCACUUUGCUGACAUGUCUAAACAUGUAACAGUAGCGCAGGCGAACUUGCUGGACCCACGCACAGCUACACAACUCAUCGACGCUGUUCUACUGCAGUGUCUGAUACACAGUCGCCCAGUGUACAUACAACUCCCGGUCGAUAUGGUCUCUGCAAAAGUAUCUGCCAAGCGUCUCAGCACGCCGCUAGACGUAUCACAGCUCGUCGCUUCACCAAAUGAGAGUGCUGCAACUUCUGAAAUCAUCGAGCGUAUCAAGAACAGCAAGCGACCAGUCAUUUUGGUCGACGGCGAGAGCGUCUCGUACGGCACGAUGGACGAGCUUCACAAACUCAUAGAGACAAGCAAGUGGCCCACGUGGAUGUCGACCUACGCCAAAGGAUCAGUAAACGAAGACCUUCCCAACGUACACGGUGUCUGGGCAGGCCCAUUCGCCACGCAGGAAGAACAGGACUACAUCAAGUCUGCAGAUCUGAUCCUUUGUUUCGGACCACACCACAGCAAUACGAACACCUUCUUAUACUCUACCAUCACAGCUGCUGACAAGACUAUUUACUUCAAAGCCAAGUCGGUACAUGCAGGCGACAAAGUAUUCAGAGACCUACCAGCCAAACAGUACCUAGCAUCCCUUUUGACCAAACUGGACUCGUCUGCGUUUCAGACCAGGUCAGAGGCCAACUUCACGGGCCCUCCGCCAAAACAGCUUCCAGGCCUCUCUUCCAACGAAGCCAUUAGCCAGGUCUCCUUCUACCGCAAGUUCACCACCUGGCUUCGACCAGGCGACAUCAUCCUCGCAGAGACCGGUACUCCAGGCUACGGCUGCCGCGACAUGACACUUCCCUCCGACGCCCGUCUCUUCAACCCAGUCACCUGGCUCUCCAUCGGAUACAUGCUUCCCGCCUCCCAAGGUGCUGCCCUUGCCCAGCGAGAACUCCACUCAGCAGGAAAGUGGAAAGAUGCAGGCAAUGGGCAUGUGCCUCGCACAAUUCUCAUGCAAGGCGACGGGAGUUUCCAAAUGACAGCACAGGAGCUCAGCACGAUCAUCAAGGAGAAGUUGAACGUCCUCCUCGUCCUCAUCAACAACGACGGCUACACGAUCGAGCGGUGCAUUCACGGAUGGGAUAAGGAAUACAACGACGUGGCGAGGUGGCGGUACCUCGAAGCGCCGAAGCUGUUUGGUGCGGAGAUGGGCGAUGGGGACGGGUACAGGGCGAGGACAUAUAGAGCGAGCACGUGGGGUGAGCUGGAGGAGGCUAUGGGUGCUGUGGAGAAGGUGAAGGAGCCAGCGUUGCAUAUGGUGGAGGUGAUGAUGGACAGGGAGGAUGCGCCGGAUAUUUUGGCGAAGAUGUUGCGGGAUCAGAAAGUUGCUGAGCAGAAAGGUGUGAAACAGUAG